AUGCUCCUCCCCUCCGCCGCCUUUCCUUACAACUGCCUCGCGCACGCGCACCUCCGCGUCCCUGCCGCCGCCUCCUCGCGCGCCCCGUCCGCACCGCUGCGCCUCUUCUACGCCAUGCUCGCCCGCGACGGGCGCCCCAACCGCCACUCCUUCUCGUCCCUCCUCAAGUCCGCCUCCGCCUCAGGCUCGGUGGCCGCCGUGGGGGCGCUCCACGCAUAG